AUGGCCAAUGCCGCGUCGCCAAAGUGCUCGGCUCGGUUGCAUCAGCGAUUCGCUCCCGGCUACAGAGCCCGCAUCACGAUUGCGAGUGGGCCAACGACGAUGAUGAUGCGUCAAGCCGGUUCAGCUUCCGCAAGCGAUUGGCCACCUAGCCACGAAAUGCCAGGAACCAUGUUCUCGGAAGAGGCGGGACGAGCGCACGCGCACACGCAAUGCACGCACUCUUCUUCCAAGAAGAGGAUUUUCUGCUGGCCUCGGCUUUUCGGCGGUCGGAUUCUGCGAAUUGCGCGCUUGCUUGUUGCCGCUGUGGCAGUUCGGUCAAUUUUCUCCUCAUCCUCGUCCGGUGUACCAUGA